AAAAAAACAAACAAACAAUGUAUAUACAUUCGGAAAAUUAAAGUUCCCAUUAAAGAACUACAUAUAGCUCAUUUGAAUAACUCCUGUAAUUUUCCGUUAAUAAUUAGCCCCUUUUUUUAGCUUUACUUGCUGUUGUUCUGUACAAAAUUUGGACCAGGUUAUAAUUACCAUCUGAACGCAUUUAUGCAUUCCUCCUACCCUCCUUACAAAAUGGUUAAGCACAAUGGUCAAUAAGUACAAAUAAUCGAUCACUUCGAUUGGUUUCUUAUGUACAUUGCUGCUUCAGAAUGACCAUUGUCACGUGCAUUUUCUUAGCAACAUUGGGUCUAAUCUUCAAUCCUUCAAGCGCCCAACUCUCCCUGGAUUUCUACGAGAACAGCUGCACUCCUCUGCCUGAUAUAGUUCAUGAUAUAAUGCGCGCAACUUUGAAUCGGAAUCCUAGGAUGGGAGCUUCCAUUCUCCAGCUCUUCUUCCAUGAUUGUUUUGUUAAUGGAUGUGAUGCUUCAAUCCUUUUGGAUGAUACAGAUUUUUUCAUAGGAGAAAAAUCCACCCCACCAAACAAGGAUUCGGCCCGAGGAUUCGAACUCAUCGAUACUAUUAAGUCAGAAGUGGAAAGAUUCUGCCCUGAGACUGUUUCAUGUGCUGAUAUACUAGCACUCGCAGCCAGGGAAGCUGUCGCAUUGCUUGGAGGACCAUUCUUUGAAAUUGGUCUAGGCAGGAGAGACUCACUCGUAGCGAGCUUCAACUCAGUGGCAGGGCAAAUCCCUUCACCAUCUUUCAACCUUCCUCAACUAAUUGCAUCAUUUGAAGCAAAAGGGCUUGACUACAGGGAUUUGGUGAUCCUGUCCGGAGCUCACACCAUUGGGAGAGCCAGAUGCCUCAGGUUCAGAAACCACAUUUACAAUGAUACCAAUGUCGACCCUGAUUUUGCUGAUUCUGUCAAGGUCUUGUGUCCGAUCAACGACAACGACGACGAGAAUCUCCCCUUGGAUUUCCAAACGGCUGAUCUGUUCGACAAUCUGUACUAUGUGAACUUGAUUAAUCGCCGUGCAUUGUUGCAUUCCGAUCAGGAGCUAUAUAAUUACGGUACACCGGUGGAUCGGCUGGUGGAAUUGUAUGCCAGUGACAUGGACGCGUUCUUUGGUGAUUUUGCAGAUUCCAUGGUGAGAAUGAGUAGCAUGAAUCCCUUAACUGGAUUCCGUGGAGAGAUCAGAAGGGAUUGUAGGAGAGUUAACUUUCUUGGAUGAUAUAGUUAAAAUAAAUAAAUAAAUAAAAAAUAGUGAUUUGAAUGUUACACAUUUAUUAGAUCACGUCAAAGAAAAAUAAUGACUUGUUUUCAAUCUCAAUUACUUAUUAAUGUACAUUUUCUAACACUUAGAGCACCACUUCAUACUCUAAAUCUAAAUAAGUUAA